AUGUCGAUAGUACGGUAUAACGACAAGCUUUUGAGCGUUGUUCACCAUAAUAAGUCGCUGAACUCAGUUGUGAUAUACAACUCUGAGACAGAGAACCUGGAGCUAGUCAAGCUGGAUCACGAGGAAUCUAAUGGUUCUCAUGGCAGAAGGCGUCGGUCUGUUCCGUCCCAAUUCGAAUUUGUUUGUCCUGACUGCGGCUACCAGUGCAACAUCAAUCCUCCCUCUUCGAACGAGUCCCCUCGAAGGUCGUCAGGGUCCGAUUUUUUGCGAAACGAUUAUUUCAGGCUCCUGGCUCGAGCAGAUUCUGGAAACGAAUCCAACAAAGAGCUGAUCUCUACAUUAAUUCGCCAGGCGCAUCCUGCUGAUAUAGACCAGAUACCCGUGGAGCUGAUCAACCAGGGCUAUUUCAAGAAAUUUUUCUCUGUUUUGGGAGACCUAGGGAACGGGUCUAACGGCAAAGUGCUAAAGGUCGAGCAUAAACUUUUCAAUCUGCAAUUGGGGGUAUUUGCCUUGAAAAAGAUAGCUAUUGGCAAUCAUUUCGGUAACUUGGUUCGCAUCUUGAACGAGGUCAAGUUUCUUUACAGUCUCACAGAGUCAUCCAAUACCACUAAUGCCAACAUUAUAAAAUACAAUCACGUGUGGCUCGAGGUCGAUCAGAUCAGCAGCUUCGGACCGCAGGUUCCUGUUGUGUUUAUCUUAUUCGAGUACUGUGAUGGGGGUACGCUUGAGCAGUUUAUAGAGAACCUUUUGCAGCCUAAAUUCGACAUCAAGCUGGAGAAAAUGCGUCGUCGCAUGAAGAAAAGGGGAAUAACGGGAGCGGGCACAGACCGGCGGUACCUGAACAAUUUUGAAAUCUACAAAAUCUUCAAAGAUGUCUUGAAUGGAUUGCAUCACUUGCAUGAACAGAAGACCCUUCAUAGAGACCUCAAACCGUCAAACUGUUUGUUUAAGACGAGCUUUCCAGACGACUACAAGCCGAUCGACUCGGUUGAUGACCUGGGACAGAUCCCAAAUCUUGUGGUCAGCGAUUUCGGCGAGUCCAUCAUGGAGAACUCCAAAAGAAAUUCCACCGGAUGCACAGGUACACUAGAGUUCUGUGCUCCAGAAUUGUUUGAGGAGGUCGACCCUGGACAGCUACACGAUUUUUCUUACUACUCAGAUGUUUACUCACUAGGAAUGAUACUAUAUUACAUAUGUUUUGGAAAGCUGCCAUUCAAGUCUUCUGAUCAAAACGCGAUUCGUGAAGAAAUCGUGAGUUGCAAUCUGUUUGAAGACAUUGACAAGUUGCGCAAAGAUGGGUUGCUGCCAGAUUAUUUGCGCUUGAUAAGACUCAUGUGCGACCCUGAUGCCAAAAAACGGCCAACCUGCGAGCAGGUGAUGUCAGAGAUGGAACAGAUCCACGAUAAGCUUGCCAGGCAAAGCUACAAGAAGUUUGCUCUGGCAAGAGCGUUGUGGCAGACAGGCCUGAACAUAGCUCAGAUUCUGCUCAACAUCCGGCUGUGUCCAUAUCCGGCGCUAAACAAUCUCCAGUUCGUGUUGGUAGGGGUGCUGAUUUCACAGAAGAACGUGCGGUAUCUGACGUGGCUCGAAAUCGCACUCACAAUGCUGUUUCUCGCUCUCAGCAUUGGCAGCUACUGGACUGGUUUUUUUUCAAGCUCAGAUCAAUGA